AGAGUUCCAGCCGGCGUGGCUGCAGUCUCCUGUCUUUGUCCUCUGGUAGUCCUCCUAUGUGUCGUCUCCCAGAGCUGUUAUGGGACCCAGGUCAAUCUGAGCCCUCACACUAACCCCGCCCCAGCCUGCACCCAAACCCGAGGCUCAAGUCACCGUCCAAACCAACCCCGCUCCCAAGCGCCAGUCCUGACAGACUCAUGUCCGCACUGAAGCCAAGCCAGCUCCUCCAGAGCAAGUCUCAGGUCAAACCUGGGCUUGACAAUGUUCCAGACAACCAUGGGCCCAACAAGAACUUUCCAUCGGCUAUCUCCCAGCCUGCAUCAAACACUAGACUCAAGCCACAGCAUGCACCUAAACAGAGUUCUAAUCCAAGGCAAGGGUUGGCAUACAAAGCAAAUUCUUAUCAGGUAGCAGCAAAUACCAUGAACAGUCCUAAGCAAUCUGCAAAAACCAACUCAAAGCCAAGACCUGGAUCACUGCAGCAGCCAAAGUUCAAGGCUGUGACCGGACCUGAGGGUGACACUGAUUCUGCUCCCAAACCUAAAUUACCUUCAUCAUCCAGUAAUAAUCAAAGGUCUAACUCAACUGGUACUAUGAACCCCAGGAGCCACAACAGCCCAGCUUCCCUAUCCAGUCAUAAGUCCCCAUCCAAAGCCCGGUCUUCUCCACAAACAAACACGAAUGCCAAAUCUAACUCCAAGAUCUACAGCCCAAACUCCAGACCACCAAUUACAACACAAAGAAACCAGACCAAGCUGCUGGACACAGACAAGGAUUCCCACCACUGGCCCAAGAGAAGCUGGAUCUGGAACCAGUUCUUUGUUCUGGAGGAGCACAUUGGACCUGAACCUCAGUACAUCGGAAAGCUCCACUCCAACUCCGACAAGGGCGACGGCUCCGUGCGCUACAUCCUGUCUGGCGAGGGGGCCGGGUCUAUCUUCAUCAUUGACGAGACGACGGGUGACAUCCACGCCGCCAAGAGCCUGGACCGCGAGAGCAAGUCUCAUUAUGUCCUACAUGCGAGGGCCAUCGACCGCUGGACCAACCGCUCGCUGGAGGCAGAGUCAGAGUUCAUCAUCAAGGUCCAGGACAUCAACGACAACGCUCCAACGUUCCCCACCGGACCGUCCUCAGCCACAGUGCCUGAGAUGUCCGACAUUGGAACAUCAGUGGCCCAGGUGACGGCCUCAGAUGCAGAUGAUCCGACGUACGGCAACAGCGCCAAGAUAGUUUACAGCAUCCUGGAAGGACAGCCCUAUUUCUCUGUUGACCCCAAGACAGGCAUCAUCCGCACAGCCAUGUCCAACAUGGACCGUGAGACCAGGGACCACUACGCUGUGGUGAUCCAGGCCAAAGACAUGGCCGGCUCUGUGGGAGGACUGUCAGGAUCCACCACCGUCAACAUCACCCUCACCGAUGUCAACGACAACCCUCCCAAGUUUCCACAGAAGAGCUACCAGCUGUACGUCCCAGAACUGGCUCCGGUAGGGAAGGCGGUGGGUCGGAUCAGAGCCAACGACGAGGACGAAGGGCAGAACGCCGAGAUGACCUACAGCAUCACCAACGCAGACGCCGCUGCCAUCUUCACCAUCGGCACCGACACUGACCGCAGGGAGGGAAUCAUCUCCCUCAAGCAGCCGCUGAACUACGAGAAGAGAAAGGUUCACACGCUGAACAUCGAAGGCUCCAACACUCACCCAGACUCCCGCUUCUCCCACCUGGGGCCAUUUAAGGAUUCCACAUCGCUGCGAGUCAUCGUGGGCGACGUGGACGAGCCGCCCGUCUUCUCCAUGGACUACUACAUCCUGGACGUGUACGAAAACUCACCUGCAGGCACCCAGGUUGGAACCGUGACCGCUGUGGACCCUGACAGCACAAACAGCGGCAUCAGGUACUUCAUAGAGAACGAAGAGGAGAGGCCGUUGUAUUUCACCAUCGGGGUCAACAGCGGCAUCAUCAGGACGACUCAGGGUCUGGACCGGGAGGAGACGGCGUGGCACAACAUCACUGUGAUGGCUGCAGAGGUUGAUAACCCACGUAUGGUGAGUCAUGUUCCCGUCACAAUCCAGGUCCUGGAUGUCAACGACAACAUCCCAUCCAUCUCCGGGGGCAACACUGUGACGGUCUGUGACAGCACCAAAAAUGGACAGGUGAUUCAGACCAUCCGAGCUGCAGACCUGGACAACUUUGCAAAUGGAAAAUUCUCCUUCUUCGUGCCUCCUGAACAUCAAGUUAAAACAAAUUUUACUGUGAAGGACAACGGAGAUAACACGGCCAGCAUCGUGUCUCGGCGGCGUGACGGCUUCAGCGUGGACAGAGACCAGGACCUGUUCAGCCUGGUGGUGGUGGUGUCCGACGGCGGCGAGCCUCCCCUCAGCAGCACCGUCACCCUGUCCCUCAGGGUGUGCGUCUGUCAGAGGAACACCAGGGGGCGCAGCAGCAACAACGUCUGCCAGGCUCAGGCCUUCCUGUCCUCAGCGGGCCUCAGCACCGGGGCCUUCGUGGCCAUUCUGCUGUGCAUCGUCAUAUUAUUAGCCAUAGUGAUGCUGUUCACUCAGCUACGAAACAAGAAAGCGAGCAAAGACCCUUUGAUUCUGUCUGAGGAGGACAUCAGGGAGAAUGUGGUGACCUACGAUGACGAGGGCGGCGGCGAGGAGGACACCGAGGCCUUCGACAUCGCUGCGCUUCGGAACCCGAAGGCCUCGGAGCCUCGCAGGAAGUUCUACCUCGGCCGUGGACCGAGUCCGUACGGGGAGGAGGACGAGAUCGAGGAGGACGAGGAGGAAGGGAUCGUGGUGGUGAGGAGGAGGAAAACCAGGGAGGCAGAUUACGGCUACUACAGCCCGGAGCCUAAACCCGCCUGGUUCGUCAUUGACUGCGUUCCUCGAGAGAUCAGUCAGUCGGCUCCGUCGCUUCUGCUCGAUGGUCACGACAUCAUUCAGCAGAUCAUCCAGCAGAAGGUGGUCCAAGCAGACUCAGACACUCGAGGUCCACCUUAUGACUCCCUUCAGACGUACGCCUAUGAAGGCCGUGGAUCUUUAGCCGGGUCUGUCAGCUCUCUGGGCCUCACUGAAGCUCUGCCUGAACUGAACUAUGCCGACCUGGAGGACUGGGAGCCGGAGAUGCAAACGCUGGAAAGAAUUGUGGGAGAGGAGACGGCGACCAGUCCAGCUAACCCAGACUCCUAAAAACUCCCGUCUGGGGGUUGUUUUCUACUUUUGAGUUAAUUUGCUGAAGCAAAUUACUUUUUAUUUAUGCCAUUUAAACCUGGCUGCAAAAUUACUGCCGCAGAAAGCUGGCAAUGAGGAACUGUGAUAUCGUGGGAAAUCAGAGGAUAAGAAAAGCCAUUUAUGUCCAGCAGAAGAAGAGGAAACUCACAGGCUGAAGGGAAACUUGUCCGCGCUUGUGUGCUUUUCUGAAAUGAUGAACUCCAUGCAAACGGACCGACUAGCAGGGUGGACAUGCCGAUUUGCAAACUGUUUUCUCCCUGUGCUCUACUUGUUUGGUGUGUCGGUAGAAAAGUUACAGAUGGUCCCGGGCCCAAAGGAUUCUGGUCUUUAUCUUCACUGCUAAACCUAAAAAAACAACACAGAGAUGAAUAUCAAUCCCCCUUGGAGCACUGUGAAAGAGGGUUGAAGAUGCAGGUUCCUACAUGGAGUUUUAUUGAUUUGUUAUUGAUAAAGUAAAGAAAAUGAGGCUGACUGUGAUGUAAGUUUUAUCUACAGUAUGAAGAAGAAUCAAGAAGAAGCUGAUGGCCCCACUGGAAAAAGCACAAGUUGCCGAUGUUCUAAAGGCCAAAGAAAGCUGUGGAAAAGUGGUGGAUUCUUAUAGUUUACUGAGUCUGAACCCUAAAUAUGUUUGCAUGCUCAUCGUGGCAGCAGGGUCCUGAAUCUUCAGGUUCUCAGGUGUAGAUCAGUGAAGGUUUGUUGUGAAUCCAAAUUCCAGUUUUACGAACAUAAUCUGAGCCGAAGAGACCACAAUGCCAAGAGCGUCAGGUGAUCCCUCCCAACAACCCCAAACCCUUGUUAGAAAUGGUAAUUAACAGCGUUGCCCGUUCAAAAUGUGCCUGUUUGGAACUUCACAGUCAACACAUAGAGAUUGGGGCAGCUUUUGGGAAAGAGUCCAAAACAUCUUAACAUCAGGCAGUGAUACGUUUACGACGUCAAAGGAGGCAGCAUGAGCUCGACUUUUAAUAGUCGCUUGAACAUGGAGGUUCUCCUGGGAGAUUCAUGCUUCACAUACAGAGGAAACACACGAAACACACGUGCAGCUACCACCAGACCACAUCUACAUGUGAUUUUGCACAUAUGAAAUUUACUGUGUUAAAAACUGGGGAAAUUUACUUUUCAAGCAGGAAAUAUGUGGUUUAGGAACAUUUUCAUGCUCUAUAUGUGUAAAACCCAUGAGAAACCAACGGAAAAAUGACAUGUGGAACCAAUGGAAAGAGUUCCAACAAGUGAAACACAUUAACUCAGAAUCCACAGAACUCAAACACGCAACCUUUGACACCGAUGGCAAGUCAUGAAACUAGUGAGCUUCCAUUGAUAGUUUGGAAAAAGGAGAUAUCAUGCUGUGGCUGGACAACCAGCAUGGUUGAUCAGAUGGACAGAUUUCAGAACAUUUUCAGAGUACAGUUUUAGGAAUUUGCAGACUUUUUUCAGACAACACAGCCGUGGAGAUCAUGUCCGUCACAGACUCCAGUAAACAGCUUCACCUGAGCAGCCUGACAUUUAUUUGUCGUAUGUCACAAUUCCCACAAUAAAGAACAAAUAUAAUUUACACAAAAUGAGCGUUUAUUUGCAAAGAUGCAAUGCAAACAUAUGAAGCAAACUGUGCAUAGUGAGCUGACAAUUCCCCUAAAGAAGUUCAAACAAGUGAUCCAAACUGAGUGUUGAUUUCCAAAUAUGCAAUGAAAAUCUAUAAAACAAAGCUGAUAUAUAGGAUCAUAAUGCCCCUAAAGAUGAUGGAACACAGCACAAGAUAUCUUCUGGGGGAAAAAAAUCAAUUCUUUGAGGAUUUACACCAACUUGCCAUUUUUCUGAGUGUGUGUCUGAAGGACAAAAUCAAAGAUUAGAAAAGCACAACCACCAUUUCUAUUCUGUCUCAGUAAAGUUUCAUCUCUUUUGUAUUUGGAUUUCAUGACUGACUCUGUUAUUUUAACGUGAUGGCUGGUCUUUGUGUUUAUGGUUGUCAGAUAUAAAAAGAUGUGCAGGCCCUCUGGAAACCAUCCGAAACUGGAACCUGUGACUUAUGCAGGUGCCAGUAUCUUGGCAUAUACAGUAUAAAUAGUUUACCAUGUUUCCCUUUCUGCUCGUCUCCUGGUGUCUUUUACUUUUUGUGCCAUGCAGGCCUUGAUCUCAGUGUCUCCGAUGCCUCUGUGAACUUUUGACAUGGUCUGUAAGAAAUGAAAUGAUAAUAAAUUUACUUCAGUACUCACCAAA